ACAGAACUCGCCAGACGUCGCACGAAUGUGCAUUGAUUUCUCGAUUUUCUCGAUUCCACGAUUCCUGUGAGACUUACUGCAGCCCAGACUCAGCAGGCAGCAGUUGACAUUUAUAGAGCGACAUUUUUCCUCGGUCUUGCGAUAGUUAUAUCUUUGCUUUCAUCGGAAGGUUGGAACGGAGAGAACGGAGCACAAAACAGACCAGAAAUGUCGAAUCAUUCCCUGAAUUACUCGACUUUGCCGGGUUACUUUGAACAUGACGAGCAACCCGAGGGGCCGCAAUUCCGAGCAACAACUCUACCUGGAUUUGGGCUGAUCCAUCGUCGGUACGACACAGACGGAGAUUCGGGACAUGAGCAGACGCAAUGGGAGCGCUUCAUGCACUUUCUUAAUCACCUUAAUAAAGAAGCAAGUGAUCGAGCCCGAUACAAAUUAAUCUUUGUGAUUCGACAUGGCCAAGGUUUCCACAAUGUCAAAGAAGCGCAAGUCGGCAGAGAGGACUGGGAGGCCAAAUGGGCUUUGUUAGAUGGUGACGAUGAGAUGACUUGGGCCGACGCAAAGUUGACGGAAACGGGUAAAUCCCAAGCGCUCGAAAUUAAAGCGACGCUGGAACGUGAUAUCCGAGAGAUGAAAGUUCCGAUGCCAGUAAAAUGCUACACAAGCCCCCUCACUCGCUGCCUGGAGACAACGCGACUUGCCUUCUCAGGCCUCGAGUGGCCAACAGACCAACCUUUCAGACCGAUGAUCAAGGAAGCCCUCCGUGAGAGGCUAGGGAAACACACAUGCGAUCGGCGCAGCACUCGCUCCUGGAUAGAGAGCAAUUAUGCCGAGUUUGAGAUUGAGUCAGCCUUUACUGAGCAAGAUGAGCUUUGGCAAUCAGACUACCGAGAAACUCUUGACGAGCAUGUCAUGCGAGUCAGGCAACUGUUGGACGACAUAUUUAAUAAUGAUAAAAAUACUGUGAUCUCCUUUACAGCUCAUUCAGGGGCCAUCAGAGCACUUUACGCUCUUACUGGACACAAGGAGGUCUGGGUGGCUCCGGGGGCAAUGGUACCUCUUUUAGUGGUAGCAACACCGCAGUAGAUAUGAGCGAGCGAAUAAAUAUGAGUCUAAGGUCAUCUUCUAUAUGCUGGCGGCUCU